UGAUCCUGAUAGUUUAAUAAACCGUGCCAUUAGUAGUCACGUAACGAACAAAUCUCAUUCGUGCAAUAUUAAGAGCAUGUUGUUGUGUUUCAACAAAACCAGUCUACAGUUUUGUCGCAUCAAACACCCAACCAUACAAACCACUUGUCGUUGCUUCAUAGAUUCCCAAACCACAGUCGUGUCAAAUUCAACCUCACAAUGUUUCACAAAUUUCCCCAUAUCCUACAACAACCUAUUAUCACACUGUGUUGCUUCCAAGUCCCUCAAUUCAGGCAUGGAAAUUCAUGCCCACAUGAUCAAGUUUGGAUUUUCCCACCACCCAAGUCUCAGAAACCAUUUGGUAACAAUUUAUUCAAAAUCUCGUCGUUUCGGGUAUGCCCGCAAGCUGUUUGAUCAAAGUACUGAACCAAGUAUGGUUGUUUCUUGGUCUGCUUUGAUAUCUGGUUAUGUGCAAAAUGGUUUUGAUAAAGAGGCCCUGUUAGCAUUUAAUGAGAUGUGUAUGCUGGGUGUUAAGUGUAAUGAGUUUACUUUCCCAAGUGUUCUCAAAGCAUGCUCAAUAAAGAAGGAUUUGAAUAUGGGGAAGAAGGUUCACGCCAUGACUGUGGUCUCAGGGUUUGAGUCUGAUAGUUUUGUUGCUACCACUUUGGUUGUUAUGUAUGCUAAAUGUGGGAUGUUUGGUGAUUCUAGGAAAUUGUUUGGUAUGGUUGUGGAGCGGAGUGUUGUUUUGUGGAAUACCUUGGUUUCUUGUUAUGUGCAGAGUGAUUUCUUAGCUGAAGCUGUUGAUUUGUUUAAAGGAAUGGUUGAUGCUGAAGUAAGGCCUAAUGAGUUCAGCCUUUCAAUUAUAUUGAAUGCUUGUGCUGGAUUGCGGGAUGGAGGUCUCGGAAGGAUGGUUCAUGGCCUUUUAAUGAAGCUUGGUCACAGUUACGAUCAAUUUUCUACAAAUGCCUUGGUUGAUAUGUAUGCAAAAGCAGGGAGGAUUGAAGAUGCUGUUUCUGUUUUUCGAGAAAUUAUACACCCUGAUACUGUUUCUUGGAACGCAGUUAUUGCUGGUUGUGUUCUUCAUGAGUAUAGCGAUUUGGCUUUGAUACUGUUGAAUGAGAUGAGAAAUUCAGGAACUUGUCCCAAUGUGUUUACCUUAUCAAGUGCCUUAAAGGCCUGUGCUGCAAUGAGGUUGAAGGAGUUGGGUAGACAAUUACAUUCUUGUCUGGUAAAGAUUGAUAGUGAUUCAGAUUUGUUUGUGGCUGUAGGACUAAUUGAUUUGUAUUCCAAGUGUGAGAUGAUGGAUGAUGCAAGAAGAGCUUACGAUUUGAUGCCAAAGAAGGAUAUUAUUGCAUGUAAUGCUUUGAUCACCGGUUACUCGCAGUUUGGUGAUGACUUACAAGCAGUCUCACUUUUUUCUGAAAUGCACCAUGAAAUUAUAGAUUUCAACCAAACUACUUUGUCAACUGUUCUUAAAUCUGUGGCCAGUUUGCAGGAAAUUAAGAUAUGCAAGCAAAUUCAUACACUUUCCAUCAAAUCAGGAAUUUGUUCAGAUUUCUAUGUUAUAAACAGUCUUCUUGACACUUAUGGAAAAUGUAGUCAUAUAGAUGAAGCUUCAAAAAUAUUUGACGAGCGUACUUGGGAAGAUUUGGUGGCUUACACGUCCAUGAUAACUGCAUAUUCUCAAUAUGGGGAUGGAGAGGAGGCUCUAAAGCUAUAUUUGCAAAUGCAAGUUUCAGACAUUAAGCCGGAUUCAUUUGUCUGCAGUUCUCUUUUAAAUGCUUGUGCAAACUUGUCUGCAUAUGAGCAGGGGAAACAGUUACAUGUCCAUGCCAUUAAGUUUGGAUUUAUGUCUGAUAUUUUUGCCAGCAGUUCUCUAGUCAAUAUGUAUGCAAAAUGUGGAAGCAUAGAGGAUGCUCAUCGCGCCUUUUCUGAGAUACCGCAGAGAGGAAUAGUCUUAUGGUCUGCAAUGAUUGGAGGGUUGGCUCAACAUGGUCAUGGUAAAGAGGCUCUUAAGUUGUUCAAUCAAAUGCUUAAAGACGGUGUGACCCCAAACCAUAUUACAUUAGUUAGUGUUCUAUGUGCCUGUAAUCACGCCGGUUUGGUAAGUGAAGGGAAACAAUAUUUUGAAACAAUGGAGGAAAAGUUUGGAAUCAAACCUACACAAGAGCAUUAUGCUUGCAUGAUUGAUCUCCUUGGAAGAUCAGGAAAACUUAAUGAAGCAGUGGAGCUUGUAAAUUCCAUUCCAUUUGAAGGUGAUGGUUCAGUUUGGGGAGCACUUCUUGGAGCUGCAAGAAUCCAUAAAAAUGUCGAACUCGGUGAGAAAGCUGCAGAGAUGCUUUUCACUCUUGAACCAGACAAAUCUGGUACUCAUGUUCUCCUUGCAAACAUCUAUGCAUCAGUAGGGAUGUGGGAAAAUGUUGCUAAGGUUAGAAAGGUUAUGAAAGAGAGCAUGGUGAAGAAGGAACCUGGAAUGAGUUGGAUUGAGGUCAAAGACAAGAUACACACUUUCAUUGUUGGAGAUAGAAGUCAUUCUAGAAGUGAUGAAAUAUAUGCUAAAUUGGAGGAGUUAAGUGACCUUUUAAGUAAAGCUGGAUAUAGUCCCAUCACAGAGAUUGAUAUACAUAAUGUGAAUCAAAGUGAAAAGGAAAAGCUCUUAUAUCAUCAUAGUGAGAAACUUGCUGUAGCUUUUGGAUUAGUUGCUACACCACAUGGAGCCCCAAUAAGAGUAAAGAAGAAUUUGAGAGUUUGUGUUGACUGCCACACUUUUCUUAAAUUCGUAUCUAAAAUUGUUUCAAGGCAAAUCAUUGUUAGAGAUAUUAAUAGAUUUCAUCAUUUUAAAGAUGGAUCAUGUUCCUGUGGUGAUUAUUGGUAAUAUCAUCAUUUGACAGCUCAUUCUUUUAA